AUGUUGGAUGAAAAUCACCAUCUGAUACAAUGCAUCAUGGACUAUCAGAGCAAGGGCAAAACAGCAGAAUGUACUCAAUACCAACAAAUCUUACACAGAAAUCUGGUUUACCUGGCCACCAUAGCAGACUCUAAUCAGAAUAUGCAGUCCUUGCUGCCUGCUCCACCGACACAAAACAUGAACCUCGGCCCAGCUGGAAUGAGUCAGAGUGCCUCCAAUCAGUCUCUCCAUUCACAGAGCAACCUCAGUGAUGCAAUCAGCACGGGGCUUCCAACAUCAUCUCUCAUGCAGAGCCAAAUUAGCAAUGGUCCCAACCACGUGUCUAUGCAGCAGUCAGGUCAGAGUACCAUGCCCACGACUUCCCUGAGCAUGACUCUCAGUAGCCAUGGAACUGGGCCCAGUUAUAGCCACACGGUGCCUGCAUCUCAGAGCGUUGCCAUGCAAGGCCAGGGAUCGAUUGGCAACUACGUCUCGCGAGCAAAUCUCAGCAUGCAAUCCAACCCAGUUUCCAUGAUUCACCAGCAAGCAGCAACAUCCCAUUACAACUCUCCGCAAGCGGGAACCCAACAUUACCAAGGGCAGUCUUCCAUUGCCAUGAUGAGCCAGAGUAAUCAAGGAAACAGCCUCAUGGGGCAGCGGCCAAUGGGCUCUUACCGAGCUUCACAGCAAGGUUCUUCUCAGCAGUACAUGGGUCAGGAGGAAUAUUAUAGUGAGCAAUACAGUCAUGGACAAGGAUCUUCAGAACCCAUGAACCAGCAAUAUUAUCCUGACGGUAAUGGUGCUGAACAGGGAGAGAUACUUUUGCUGUUUUGUGUGUGUGUGUGUGUGUGUUUUCCAGGACCUGCCCAAGGAACAUCAACGCAGUAUUCCAGCUACCAACAAGGACAGGGCCAACAGUAUGGAAGCUAUAGAGCUUCACAAACCGGCCCAUCUGCGCAGCAACAGAGGUCUUAUGGCUAUGAACAGGGCCAGUAUGGAAACUAUCAGCAAUAAAAAUGACAAGCGCCUGUGUCAAAUUUGUUUCAAUAUUUAUGUCCAUUUUUUUGGAACUUGGAUGUAUGGGCAAGUCUUUUUUUUUUCUUCUUCCCUCUUCUUCUUUUUAAAAUGAUUGAUGAUUGAUGGAUCGUAAGAUGUUGGAUACCGCUGUAGCACAAAGAAGCAUUUGUAUGUGAAAUAGUAUUCAUUUCAUGCUGGAUAUGAAACAGUGCACUACAGUACUGGCAAUGAGGUGAUGUUUGAAUGGUCUGGUACACUUUUGUGCUGUUGUUAAUAAUCCUUGCAGAGGUUCUUUCGUCACUUGUUCCCACUUCCUCUUUCGACGUACGAAACCCAUUCGAGAAACCAAGAGGUCCCACAGCUUCUGUUGACCUGAUGAUUAUUAUUAUUUUCACAAGAUCAUCGACAACCUUAGCAUCCUUCAGAUCGGAUGGACCACCACGCAGCUGGAAGAUGUUUGUGGGUUGUGUGACAAGCACGUCACUGAAUAUAUCUCGUGUUUUCUGUUCACCCAACUGGUUCGGCAUCGGAAUAUCCCAACCCGGAAGUGUUUCAGCUAUUCCGGGUGCACUUCCUUUGAAUUGCAUUGGUCUUUUGUUAGAUUUUAUUCGGGCUCAAGGUAUUCUGAAAAGUAUUUAAUUGAGCUAUGAUUAAAACCACAGCUACUGGUGGCACAAUGG